GGUAUUCAACUGAUGCAGUGUGAGUGGCAUCUCGACGUCGCUUUUUCCCUUCCCCCCAUCUGCGCAUCUGCGCCGGCGCCUAUAUCUCUAUCUGGAUCUAUACCUCCAUUUCCAAGAUGAUCCCUGCAUCGCUCUCCUUCUCCCUUAUCACACUCAUCCUCCUCCUCACCAAAACCGCCCACUCCUGGACCUUCGUCUGGCGUAACGAAUCCGGCCCCAACGUCGUCCACGAAUCCAAACCCGCCAAAUGCGUCCGCAUCUACCACGAAAAAGGCGAGGAGUUCUCCUGGGACCCCGAAGGCGCCUGGUGUCUUCGGAUCUGGGGCGAGGCCGCAUGCGAGAAUAUGAUCGGGUGGGAAUGCGAACACACGCAGUGGCGCAAAUCGGCGUCGAGGAAUCUCUCGGCGUAUGAUGUCUAUGUUAUGCCGAAGGAUGUCCAGGAGGAGUUUAUUACGGAGACAAGGACGAGUUCGAGUUCGAGUGAGACGGGGACGACAAGUGAUAGACAGGCUAGUACGACUGCGGACUCUAGCUCCGCGACGAGGACGGGGGUCUCGACACCGACACCGACACCGACGAGCGAUGCGGAUUCCGACGAUGAUUCGGGUGGAGGAUCAUUGUCGGGCGGCGCGAUCGCAGGAAUCGUGAUAGGCGCUGUAGCAGGUGUUUCUGUCCUCGCGACGUUGUUUUUCCUCUGGGGCCGACGGAAACCUCGAUCGAUUGAUGAAUCUGGCGCGGGCGUGGCGUCGGAUACAGCACCGCAGGAGACACACGCAGGUUCUCGCUCUGGCCAUCCUCCUGGUUCUGGAUAUGGGUAUUCACAUGGCGGUGCAACGGGCUCGUCGAACGGCCCGCAAAUGACGGAGGCGACGACACUGGUGGCCUCGUCUGAUGGGGCCUCGAGAUAUGCAGAUGGUGCUCAAGCGUAUCGUCCGCCUGGUACGGGCCUGCCGGUUGAGUUGCCCGGGGAGAUGGGAGGUGUGGAAUUGAGUAAUUCGAGGCAGUUGAUGGAGAUGGAUGGGGAAGGGUAUGUGAAGCGGUCGAGUUCGAUUGCAAAGGAAUAGUUGACGGUUUUGACCUGUUGGGUUUGUAUAUAUUCAGCGUCGGGAUGGAUGGCGCUCAUAGGGUUCUGUUACUCAAGUAUGUAAUGUUUAGAUACCAUCUAGCUUAAUGAUAUCGUUGGUCUUCU